CACGGUACAAUCAGGAAAAGGAGAAGUAGCCAUCUUACAUAAAGCUUAUUCAGAUACACCACUUUUAUACAAACUUUCAUCUCCCAAACAAGUCCACAUUAUUUACCCCAAGUAGAAAAAUUUUAAAGGCUAGAAGAAAAAUAUUACACUUGAGAUACCUGACCGGCAAUCACUUGGGGCAAGAGUUAGGCCAAUUAAUCAAGUCCAAGACUGACAAAAGGGGUCCCUUGGCUCGACCCCUCACUGGGGACCCCAAAGCCUUUUUUAUGAGAAUGGAUAAAAUAGCAGGGUGGCAGGGAUAAAAAGGAAGGUUUCUGGGGCUCCUUGCAAAACAGAGACUUGUUGAUGGAGUCCUAACGGAGGCUAAGGUUUAGGGUAUAAGAGUUGAUGGAAUUGAGAUGUGCUCUACUGGAUGCCUUCUUUCGUGAUUUGCAUCUUUCAUUCAGCGCUGUUGGUGAGAAGCAGUGAAUCUGUUGCAUGCAGCAAAAGUCUCAUCACUUCCAUUGCCGUCUGGUAUUCCACGUAUGACGAUGCUGUGAUUUUUUCCUGCCGAUGCUAUUUCCAACCUCUGGCUGCUUAUUAAAUGGUGCUACUUUAAAUGUGUUGGCACGCACCUCCUGGGGCACAUGUGCCACGGAUUCUCCAGGACAUUUACGCAGAGUAGAACUACCUCCGUCAUGGGACAGGCAUGUCCUCGUGUCACUGGGGAAGGCUUGUGUCUGCAGUGGACUCGGUUCCGUCUCCUCUUCUUCUCCAAGGCUCGCAGAGUUGGGCUUUUUGGUCUUUACCAGCCUGGGGUCUGUGAUACCACCAUGUGGUUUAUGCUGCAUCACUUGAACGCCUUUCCAAUGUCUCCCUGUAUGAGAAACCUGUCCAGUAGGGGCUGGAAAGGCAGCUAAGGCAGAGGCAGAUGGGAGAGUGGCUGACAGAGCAAGGACAGCUGCAGAAGAGGGAUUGGGGGAGGGGCUUUCUGAGAGGCACUGUUCAGAGGGAGCCAGCAAGGAGGGCAGGGACCAAGGAGAGGGCAGAUUCUGAGGGCCAAGAACGGUGUCACACCAUGUCCCAAAGUGCCUCUGCCACCUUCCUCUGCCAGUGACUCCCGACCUGCCUCUGCCCCAGCUCCGCCUCCUCCAGUGCCACCCCCUCCAGCAGCAUCUUGGAGGCCGACCUCCUCAGCCCAGCAUCCCCUCCUCUCUUUCCACCCUCUUCUAGCCCCUGAAGCACAGCCCAGCACCAAUCCUGCGACCUCGUCUUGGAACUUACAUCCAGACUUCUCUUCCGCCCAGAUUCCAUGGGAACCCACUUACCAGCUUGACUUCCUGCCCCUCUCCCAAGGGCGCCAGACACUCUGGUCAGGGGAGGCCCCUGGGCCCCAGCCCGUAAGGUCCACACUCUUCCUACUAACCAGCCCAGGGGACCUCAAUUCUUCCCCGGGACAGUGUCCAGGAGCAUGAGUGGGUUGAGGCAUCCCGCACCCCCCUAGACAGGAGGCCCCACACCGGUUGGGUCUGCGGGGGCUCAUCUGGGCCUCCAGGUCGCUGCUCAAGAGACUUUAAACUGAACCAAGUUGUCUCCUUUGAAGAACAUGCAGCCGCCGAGCUGGUUUUUGUCUCUGAGACCCUCUCUGGCCAGCCUCUCUCAGAGAGCCCCACAGAGCCUCUGAGACCUCAGCCCCACCUCCUGACCUGCUUCCAAGGCAAGUAUCAUGAGCUCUCUCUACUAACAGUUGCCUCUGGGGCCUUCCUUUCAGCUUUGCCACGUCCCUCCAACCCCAAAUGCCAAAACUGCUGCUGACCCUUCUGCAGGUGGAGAGAUUCCCAGCACGAGGGCGAGCGUGAUCCCUGGGGUUCCCGGAUGAACCCCGAUGUGCGCCCUCCAGCUCUGCUGAGUCCAGAACACAUCUCUGCAGACAUUUCCCCCGUGUGACCCUUGGGUGCCCUGGGGUUCGUGCUGUCUCUGGUUCCUUCCACAGGCCUCCCAGGACUGGCCCUUCCCGAGGCUGUUCUCCAGUCACUCGCAUCUGCCCCUCGGGAAGUGCAGAGCCAGGUUCUGAAGCACGCAAACCAUAGCCACAAAGAAAGGCGGCUUCCCCUCCCCCAACGCCAGUGCCUUCACCUUCCAUGUGACCUCCGAGAACUCUGGGCGGCUGACUUCCACAGGACUCCUAAGGAGCCUGUGACCCAGGGGCCGCGACCUUGCUGCUCUCAGCUGAGCGCUCCUUUCUGAGCCAUCAGAAAGCUCCGGGGCUGUGAUGCGCCUAAUUGCUAUCUGCCGCCCUGCUCUCCCCUGAGUGGAAGGACUGUCACUACAACUCCAGGGGACAUCGUGAGACUGGGAGGGCAGGAGGCAGGCAGAAGGCAUCCCCCAUGGCUCGGCUGGUGCUGCAGUGGGCUCGGCAUCACACCCCCCUGCCGCCCGCUGCCGGCAGUGCCUGCAGGGUCCACCAUGCUGGGGGCUGGGACACAGCCCAGAGAGCCGAGGGUGGGGACACGGGUUCGAGCCCUGGUCCGGGAAGAUCCCACGUGCCGCGGAGCAACUAAGCCCAUGCGCCACAACUACUGAGCCCGUGAGCCACAACUACUGAAGCCUGCUCACCUAGAGCCUGUGCUCCGCAAAGAGAAGCCCGCGCACCGCAAUGAAGAGUAGCCCCCGCUCGGCGCAACUAGAGAAAGCCCGCGCGCGGCAAUGAAGACCCAACACAGCCAAAAAUAAGUCCCCAGAACUUUGUCAUCUUGCAAACCUGAAAGUCUGCAUCCAUUACACAAGCCCCCUCCUCCCAGCUCCUGGCAGCCGCCAUCCUACUUUCUAUUUCUACGCGUCUGACAACUUGAGACACCUAGUGAAGUGGAAUCACACAGUGUUUGUCUUUGGGGGACCGGUUUGUUUCACCGCGCAUCAUGUCCUCAAGGUUCAUCCAUGUUGUAGCAGGUGUCAGACUUCCCUUCCUCUUUAAGGCUGAAUAAUAUUCCAUUGUAGCUGUAUCAUGCUUUCUUCAUCCACUCAUCUGCUGGUGGACACUUGCCUGCACCUCUUGGCGACUGUGAGGGCUGCUGCUACAAACGUGGGUGACAAAUACCUCUUCUAGAUCCUGCUUUCAGUCCUUUGGGAUAUAUACCCAGAAGUGGGAUUGCCGGAUUGGAGGAAUGUUUUGAACCCAACCUGGGGCAACUGAAACCUCUUAGCUCCUUAUCAGAAGCUACGCCUGUGAGUGUGCCUUGCCUGUGGGGAGAACAGACUCACCCCUGGCUUCCAUACCUGUCCAAGGGAGCAGAGGUCAACUUCAGGUACAGGGCACUAGUCCCACCCCUGCCAACCCUUUACAGGCACCUUCCACGCGCGCACACACACACACACACACACACACACACACACGACAACGCUGGCCCAGCCUAGCCCUCAGUAAUUGGAGACACACACAAGGCCCCCACUCUGCUGUCACCCAGCUGCACCCUUUUCCACAGCAGGAGAACUUUAGGCCCAGGUUCCAGGGCCCCUCCUCUCCCGCCACCAGCCCCGUGCCCGCCCCACCUGCCCAGGCCAAGACUGGUGAGAAGCUGAGUGGGUGGCAGGGCAGCCAGACCACCCCACGUGUCUCUGUGCCUCAGGGCACCAGGAAGGCCAACCUCGGCCCCUGGCCUUGGCUGUGUGCCUCCAGUCGCAUCUCCCUCAGCACCCAGGGCCAAACCAGGCCAUGCUGACUUUCAGAAACUACUGACACAUGAGGUGAAUGAAGGAGAGAUGGUUCUCCCACAGGACUUGGUGAGCAGAGAGAUGGGAGUGGCCCCCAUCAGGCCCUUGCAGAUGUUCCUCAGGCAAAGGGCCUCUGCCCCCUAAUCCCCACCCCACCCUGAAGAGCCAGCUGGGGACCAUCCUGUGAGGGAAGGACCUGCUUCCAUCAGGACCCCCGUGCACUCAGCCACACCCCUCCACUUCCCUCUGGCAACAUGGCUUAAAGUCAUAGGUCAGGACCAGGGACAGGGUGUGGCCGCCUCGGGCACUGGGCGGGACACAGAGCCUUUUACAGCCGGGAUAAAGUCCUCCCUGAUUUAAGCCCAAGCAGCUUGUACUGAAGCUGAUACCCUGGUGUCCCAGCCUCGCCCGAGAGCCACGUCCCCAGCGUCCCAGCCUUGACGCCCUCCGCCAUCGCACAGGCAUGCAGGGGGCCUGGGUACCUCUGCUGCUAGGCCUGCGGCUCUCCCUUGGCUUCAGCCCAGGUAGUGAGGCGCCUCCCAGCCGCCCCCCGACACAGGGGGCUCCCCGAGGCUACCUGAGUCCACUCUCCCCUUGGCCAGUUGAAGAGGAAAACCCAGCCUUUUGGAACCGCCAGGCAGCCCAGGCCCUGGAUGUUGCUAAGAAGCUGCAGCCCAUCCAGACGGCUGCUAAGAAUCUCAUUCUCUUCCUGGGGGAUGGGAUGGGGGUGCCCACGGUGACAGCCACUCGGAUCCUAAAGGGGCAGAUGAAUGGCAAACUGGGAGCGGAGACGCCCCUGGCCAUGGACCAGUUCCCGUACGUGGCUCUGUCCAAGACAUACAACGUGGACAGACAGGUGCCAGACAGCGCAGGCACGGCCACCGCCUACCUGUGCGGGGUCAAGGCCAACAUGAAGACCAUUGGUGUAAGUGCAGCUGCCCGGUACAACCAGUGCAGCACGGUACCUGGCAAUGAGGUCACAUCUGUGAUGAGCCGGGCCAAGAAAGCAGGGAAGUCAGUGGGAGUGGUGACCACUACGAGGGUGCAGCAUGCGUCGCCAGCUGGCACCUAUGCACACACGGUGAACCGUAACUGGUAUUCGGACACGGACAUGCCUGCCCAGGCGAAGAAGGAGGGCUGCCAGGACAUCGCCAUGCAGCUCGUCUACAACAUGGACAUAGAUGUGAUCCUGGGUGGAGGCCGAAAGUACAUGUUUCCUGAGGGGACCCCAGACCCUGAAUACCCAGGCAACACCAGUGAGAACGGAAUCCGGAAGGACCAGAGGAACCUGGUGCAGGAGUGGCAGGCCAAGCAGCAGGGCACCCAGUACGUGUGGAACCGCACGGCGCUCAUUCAGGCAUCUAAGGACCCCAGUGUAACACACCUCAUGGGCCUCUUUGAGCCAGCAGACAUGAAGUAUGAGUUCCAGCGAGACCACACCAGGGACCCAUCCCUGCAGGAGAUGACGGAAGUAGCCCUGCGUGUGCUGAGCAGGAAUCCCCGUGGCUUCUACCUCUUCGUGGAGGGAGGCCGCAUUGACCACGGUCACCACGAAGGCAUAGCUUACAGGGCGCUGACCGAGGCGGUCAUGUUCGACAAUGCCAUUGCCAAGGCCAGCCAGCUCACUAGUGAAGCAGACACGCUGAUCCUCGUCACCGCCGACCACUCCCAUGUUUUCUCUUUCGGAGGCUACACACUGCGCGGAAGCUCCGUUUUCGGGCUGGGUUUUGACAAGGCCGCUGACGGCAAGUCCUACACCUCCAUCCUCUAUGGCAACGGCCCGGGGUACGUGCCUCCUAGAGCCUCAAGGCCCGACGUCAACGAGACCAAAAGCAGCGACCCCGCGUACCGGCAGCAGGCGGCCGUGCCCCUGAGGAGCGAGACCCACGGCGGCGAGGACGUGGCGGUGUUCGCGCGCGGCCCGCAGGCGCACCUGGUGCACGGCGUGCAGGAGCAGACCUUCGUGGCGCACGUCAUGGCCUUCGCUGCCUGCGUGGAGCCCUACACCACCUACUGCCACCUGCAGCCCCCCGGCGGCCCCGCCGACGCCGCGAACCAGGCCGCCUGCCCGCCCUUGCUGGCGCUGCUGGUCUCGGCGCUGCUGCCGGUGCUGCUGGCGACUGGCCCGCACUGACCCACACCCGCCCCGGGCCUCAGGGGCUUCUGUUCCCGCGCAAGAGCCGCUAGCCCAGGCCACACCCGAGCUGCCACCUCGGAGUCCCCACCACGGCGUCCCA